AUGACACUCUCUAUAAAAGCCUGACCCCUUAGUACAUUACAUUCAUUCAUUCAAUACACAGUUUCUGGUAUCUUCUUCUUCUUUCGCUUUUCCCUUCAACCUAUUCAAGAGUUGAAAUCUUGUUACCCUUAGCCAUAUACUUCCAUUUCACGAGAGGAGAAAAUGACCAGUAACCAACCGCCACAACCGAACGGCGACCGACCACCGACACCGGCGCCGGCCGCAUUCUCAACUUACUACCCGAGGACACCUUCUCAUUCAUCUUCAUCGGCGACGUGGUUGGAAGGCUGCUACCGCUGCCUCUUCCUGCUAUCAUCGCUCCUCGCAUUUCUUGCGCUGUUGGUGGCGCUCGUCAUCAUCCUGUCGGUGAUGCCCAAGAAGCCACAUGUCAAUCUUCAGUUAGUUAGGGUUCAAUACAUGACCAUCACCGCCGACGACUCAACCGCCUCCAUCAGCCUCACCCUUCGCCUCCUCUUGGAAGCCGUUAACACCAAUAAGGUGGGGGUCAAGUACGGUGAGUCUAGGUUCACCGUCAUGUACCGUAGAAUCCCGCUCGGCAAAGCCUCAAUUCCAGGGUUUUUCCAGGGAGCUCACAGUACGAAACAAGUGGCCGCCACCAUAUCCGUCGAUCGCAUGAGUUUGCUUCAGGCUGACGCCGCUGAUUUGAUCAGAAACGCUUCGGUUAACGACCGGGUCGACUUUCAGGUCUUGGGAGAUGUCAGAGCUAAGAUCCGGAUCUUGAAUUUCGAUUCUCCUCCGGGUGGUCUUCAAGUUUCUGUGGAUUGUGCUAUAGUGAUCAGUCCAAGAAAGCAAUCUCUCACUUACAAGAAGUGUGUGAAUUAG